AUGAUAUAAGAUAACCUUGUGCUUAAGUUAAUUUAUAAUGAUAUCAAAUUAAAAUUUUCAGUUGAAGAUCCUACAUAAACGAUUGAAUAACUAAAAGAAAUUGUAUUAAAAAAAUUAUCAGAGUAAGGAAUAAAUUUACAUUCUCAAAAUGUUUAAUGUAAUGACUCAGAUGAUUUUAUGCUUAAUUCAUCUGAUAUAAUAGGAUAAUUGUUAAAACAAAAUGACACAGUCAAAUUAGUAGAAAAAGUGGCAGAUAAUAUAAUAUAAUAAUAAUAAUAAUAAACAAUAGAAGAAAUACCAAUUAUUUAAUAAUAAGAGCCUGCUGAAGCAAUAGUAGUUCUGUAUGAUAUUUCAGGAUCAAUGAGUUCUGCUUUUUUUGGAGAUAAAGAGCUUUCUAGAAUGGGCGCAGUAAAUGCAUUUUUUUCUGCUUUUGCUGAUAAGACUUUAGCUUUUGAAUUUAAUCAUAUUGUUAAAUUGGUUUGGUUUGGUUCUUAAUUAUAUGAUAAAUGUGAUUUUACAAGCGAUUUAAAUUAUUUUAUAAAAUUAGUAGAUGAUGCAAAUCCAGGUGGUUCAACAAAAUGUUAUGAUGCAAUAGAUUAUGCAAUAACAAAAUUAUUAGAAGUAAAAUAAAAAUAUCGAGAUAUUGUAUUAAGAAUAAUUGCAUUAACAGAUGGAGAAGAUAAUGGUUCAACAAGUAAACCUAAUUCUUUAGUACAAAAAAUCUUUGAUCAUAAAAUAAUAAUUGAUUCAUUUGUAGUAGGAGAUAAUUGUGUAGGUUUAAAAACAUUAACUCAUGCUAGUAAUGGUAGAUGUUAUUGUCCAAAAGAUUUGGGUUAAGGAAUGUAACUUUUUGAAAUUGAAAGUAUAUUAAGUACAAGCAGAAGAGAAAAGGUUGAAUAACCAACUACUGUUGUUGAUUUAGAUGCAAUCAAAGGUAAACCAUUUGAUACAGAUGGAAUGAAAGUUGUAACAUUAGAUUUAUCAAAUAAAGUUAUUAUGAAAAGAGAUGAAAUUCUUAAAAGAGCUAAAGAAGCAGAAACAUAAGAUAAUCAAUUUACUACUACAACUACUGAAACCAAAAAGAUUUCAGGAGGUGGAGGUGGAAGGGAAAGAAGAAUACUAAAAGAAUUAAAUGAUGCUAUUACUAAAUCUUAUAAUGAAUGCAAAAUAUAUCCAACUGCUGAUGAUAUUGGAAUUUGGAAAAUUUUAUUAAUAGGACCAAAAGGUUCUCCUUUUGAAAAUGGGAUCUAUUAAUUAACUUGUGUAAUUCCUUAAGAUUAUCCAUUUAAACCUCCUAAAAUUUCAUUUGUUACAAAAAUGCAUCAUCCAAAUAUUAGUAAAGCCUCUGGAUCACUUUGCUUAGAUAUUUUAAAAGAUUAAUGGAGUCCUGCUUUAACUGUAUUUUCAGUUAUUCUUUCUAUUAGAAGUUUAUUAAUUGACGCAAAUCCAGAUGAUGCUUUAGAUAGUAAUGUAGCAGCUGAAUACAAACAUGAAAAAUUACUUUAUUAAUAAAAUGUACUAAAAGAAAAAAAACUUUAUGCUAGUCCAACAGUACCUGAUUUAUUGAAGGAUGUCUUAGGUUCAGUUAAUAUUGAUUCCUAAGAAUACAAAGAUGCUUAUAAAGAUCUUAGCGAAUGGAUUAAAUUGAACACAUAAUGAUUUAUCAAAUAAUUUUAAAUAAAAAAAUGAAC